AUGUCAGCCAAAUUUUUGGUUGUAGAAUGUGACGAUAAUGAAAAUGCCGUGAGAUUAGUUCGAUUGAUGUUAGAAAACGGUUUUUCUCGUAUGAUGUUGUUGGAUGAUCUCUCUAAACAUCCAUCAUUGAUAGCUGCUUCGAACGGAGUUCAGUCUGAGCAACUUACAAAAACUGAUAUUGCUGUCAAUUCUUUGGCAAAUUUUGCAUCGAAUGAAGCAGAAGAAACUAAAUACGGAAUUUCGUCUCCAACUACCUCAAGCUCCAGAUCCGAUACUGAAACGAAUUUGAGAAUCUUAAAUAUGUUUGAAAGUUAUAAAGAAGAUGAUUUACGUAUCAUGAAAUCUGAGAAUGAUUUGGAGGAUGAUAACAACGUUGAAUGCUUAGCAGAGAAUGAAGAAGGUUCAUCAACGUUAUUCGACAUAUCGGAAGGUUUGGACCUUCUGGCACAAGCCGCCAAGCAAAGUUUAACAGUUGCAUCUCAAAGAUCUCCCCAACGAAGGAAAAUUAGUGGAAUUCAGGAUCCGGACAAAUAUUAUCAUAAAUGUCGAUUAUGUGGCACUAAAGUGAAAGCACCUCGUGGAGGGCGCUGGAAUCUGCAGAUGCAUGUGAUGGCAAUGCAUUCCAAUAAACGAUCUUUACAAUGUCCAGAAUGUAAUUAUACGGAUUACCGAAAACCUGGCAUAAGAAAGCACACUCUGGUCUCACAUGGUUCAGAUUUGCCUCCAAUUGAUAUUACAACUGAUGAUAAAAGAAAAGAAUGGGAUAACGUUAUGGCUCAAUGCUUUCCUGAGUUUUCGCAUCGUACGGGGUUCUUAGAAAAAAUCUAA